GUGAAAUGUCGUCAAGAAUGCACAAACAGCGUUUUUUCAAACGAAGAAUAAAUGAUUGAAAAUAAAUACUUUUUGAUAGCAGCAUGGAUAAUUAGUAUAUCAGCUGUUGUAGGAAAUAUUCUUGUCAUCAUCUAUUCUGUUCAUGAUUUUUUCUGUCGACGGGGGAGACCAAAAGGAAACGAACGAAAAAAUAAAAUGCUGUUGUUGAACCUUUCAAUUUCUGAUUUAUUAGUUGGGAUAUACAACCUUUCUAUCUGCUUCCAAUCUCUUCUAUCUUCCGGUCAUUACUGCCAAGAGGACCAGGAAUGGCGAAGUGGAAUAACUUGUUCAGCUCUGGGAGUUAUUUUAGUCAUCGGUUCAGAAUCGUCAGUUUUUACAUUAAUUUUGCUUAGUUCUUUCAGAGCAAGAUCAAUAUCAAAAUCAUUCGAGAGAUUUCCACUGAAUUGGUUCUUCAAAAUUAUAGCAUUAUCUUGGAUUACUUCAAUCAUCCUUGCCUUAUUUCCGCUACUCCCCUUUGCAGUUUUUGAAGAUUAUUUCAUUGAUAGUGUCAGCCUAUAG